GGAAGCCGGAAGUGGGUCGUACCCGGGUUGGUCCGGGCGUUGCGGGUUUGGGGCCUGGGAUAGCUCGGCCCCGGCAGCUGAGGAGCCCGUGACGGAACAGAGCGGCGCCAUCCCGGCCCUGAGGACCGCUGACUGGCAGGCUCUGCGCACCCCGCGGAGGUAGGCAGCGACCAGCAGCAACCGCGGAGUGACGGCGGGCGGCCCCUGGGCAUGUACGCCCCCGGAGGCGCCGGGCUGCCCGGCGGGCGCCGGCGGAGGAGCCCGGGAGGCAGCGCUCUGCCCAAGCAGCCGGAGCGUAGCCUGGCCUCGGCGCUGCCGGGAGCCCUUUCCAUCACGGCGCUGUGCACUGCUCUCGCCGAGCCCGCCUGGCUACACAUCCACGGUGGCACCUGUUCCCGCCAGGAGCUGGGGGUCUCCGACGUGCUGGGCUACGUGCACCCGGACCUGCUGAAAGAUUUCUGCAUGAACCCCCAGACGGUGCUGCUCCUCCGGGUCAUUGCCGCCUUCUGCUUCCUGGGCAUCCUGUGCAGUCUCUCCGCCUUCCUUCUGGAUGUCUUUGGGCCCAAACAUCCAGCCCUGAAGAUCACCCGUCGCUAUGCCUUCGCCCACAUUCUCACAGUCCUGCAGUGUGCCACCGUCAUCGGCUUUUCCUACUGGGCUUCCGAACUCAUCCUGGCCCAGCAGCAGCAACAUAAGAAGUACCAUGGGUCCCAGGUGUAUGUCACCUUUGCCGUUAGCUUCUACCUGGUGGCGGGAGCUGGCGGAGCCUCCAUCCUGGCCACAGCAGCCAACCUCUUGCGCCACUACCCCACGGAGGAGGAAGAGCAGGCCCUAGAGCUGCUCUCCGAGAUGGAGGAGACGGAACCCUACCCCGCUGAGUACGAGGUCAUCAACCAAUUCCAGCCGCCCCCGGCCUACACGCCCUGAUGUGGGCGGGCUUUCCUCUGCAGCCCCGCCCCCAGCUGCAGGACCCCCUCCACCCCCCCAGGGGAGGGCCUUCUGCCGCAGGCUCCAGGGUAGGACUGACCAUCUUCAUCCACCCCCCCACCCCCCCGGGAGGCACUCCACCUUUUGGCUGUUCACGUGUAUCCCUGCUCUGGAAACCUAGGGUUCAUGGAUUUCAUAUCAUGCACUGUUUCACCUCUUGCCACCUUGCAGUCCCUGAGGUCAAUAGUCAUUACCAGCCAGGGAUGGCCAUACAAGUUUUCUCCCUUCUUGGGCCUAAUCUUUGAGACCAGAACUUUCCAUGGGAAGCUGCUGACCGUGGACAGGCCCAGGUUGAAGUGUCAACAGGGCCCAAGGGAAAGGGGACUGCCCUGCAGGCUUUCUUCAUAGUCAGCGUUUGUUCCACAGCUGCGGCUCGGGGCCGACCCUGUCCCUCCGCCCCCCUCCGUCUCGUAGUGCCCAGUACUAGGCCACCCGCUCUCUCUGUGGGAGUCUCUGCACUUUAGUCUUUGGACUUCCCAUCCCCCGUGUUCUGCUUUGAUGGGGACUAGCAGAGCAGCUGUGCUCCCUGCCCUGGCCUCAGUGGCUGGAACCCGGACAAGGAGAGCAGCAGUGGGUGUGGGCCUGGCCUCUGGGUGCCCAGAAAGGAUCAGCGUGAAGGGCUGAAUCACCCCAGCCCCCUCAUCUUUUAAAAUGUGGGUGGUUUUAAAAGGAAAAACAAAACCAAGCCACAGCAACAAUAAUCUCUUUUUAAACUAGUGACAAGACUGUUGUCCUUUUUCCAAUAUCUACCCCAUUCUUUUGGGCUCUGCAGUGUUUGGGGCCUCAACUCCUUCCAGCCCAUGGUAGCUCCUCCCUGACUCCCCCGGCAGAAUGCAGCCCUCUUCCCUGCCCCCCUCCCAGUGGCCUCCCCAUGGAACCCAGAGCCCCGGCAGUGGGGGGCUGAGGAUUGUGGCCUGGCUGGCCGGCCAGCGUGGUGCUCCUCAGGACUGUGGCACUGAGAUGUAACCUGGCCUCCAUGCGGGAACGGGCCAGAGCAGUGCCGGAACCCACGGCUUCCGCCCUGGAACCACACCAGCCAGCCCUGCUGCGUGAGGCGUCACACUCACAGGCAUGGCUGUGUCCUGCAGGCUGUGUAUCCCCUAGACUGACUUGGGGCAACGCUUGCUGCAUGCCCCCUCCCCUUCUUGAAUGUACUUUGGUCUUGAGUGUGCUACUGGCUCUUUCUGGCCCAGCCAUCACUCUGGCUUCCCUGUUUGGCACACAUGGCCUUGGGUCUGGCUGAAUUUUCUGCCCUGAGAUCUGGGCAUAAAGUCUGAGAAACUCGAGACCUUCAGUGGGGAUCCAGAUGGCCAGGCUUCUUUGGAAUCAGUGUCUAGUGCCGAGCUGACCAACAGAUGGAUCCUAGUCUCCUACAGGCGACAGCAAAACUGGAGAAUGGACACCACUGUCGAAGUGUGGCUAGGAAGGGACUGGCAUGGCUUGUCCUUCGGCCAGGCUUCCUGGGGAUAUCUGGACAGACCCCUGUGGAUGGUGAAGACCGUGUGUGCACCUGAGUGAACGGCUGCCUGGAGUUCCCUGUGGUGUCAAGUGUGCCCCAUGGCGGCUCUCACACUUCCAGACUUCUCUCAGGCAGUGUGUGAUACCCACACACAAAGCUAAGGAGCUGCAUUGUCUUGUCUUUCUGUCAAGUUCGAGUUUGUCUUUGGCAGAUUUCCAGGGUUUGGCCAGCUCUCGUGGACCACGGGUAUCUGAGGGGCAGACCAGGCAUCGGACACGCAUGCCACAGUGACCAGUCAUCUCACUAGGACCCAGACAUGACCCUGUGGGUUGUUCCACAUGAUUUGGAACCCACUUUUUAUUUUAUUAGCUUCCCACGCCCCUAGCCUUUCUCUUUUCCCCUGCCAUCCCAACACUGAUAGUUUGUCCUAUAAAUUCCCCUGUUGUUGGCUUUUUUUUUUCUAGGAAAAAAUUAAUAAAAAGCAAAACAAACAAACCACAAAUAUGAA